CCAGACCUUAUUUCGAUAUCAUAAACCCUAGCAUUUUGCUUCCCUCUCAAAAUUCUAUAAAAUUGAUCGAAAAUGCCACCAAAUUCCUCUCUUCGAUCGAUCGCAUAGCGAGUUUCGAGCUCGAUCUUGGGUUUCUCUUCCUUAGCCUUCGAUCUUUCAGAACGCUCGGGAUCUCUGAAACCCUAAGGAUGCCUCCGCCUCCAAGAGCAAGAAUUGCCCUAAACGCUAUGAAGAGCAUUGGAUUUUCCACUAAAGAGGCUGCACCUAUAUUGAGGAAGCUUCUUGAGGUUUACAAGAACUGGAAGUACAUUGAAGAUAAUGGUUAUAAAGUUCUAAUUGAUAGCAUACUUGAGGCGCAGUCAGCAAAGGCUUCUACUACAAAACAAAAUGCUGUGGCUGGUGAUGAUCCUGAGCAUUCUAAAAAGAGAAUAAGAAAGCUAAGUGAAAACCCUUCGAUAUCAACACUUGCUACUGAUAGUUCUGGAGAGAUUCUGCUGAAGAAACAAAAGCUAGAAGCUGAUGUUUCUCCUGAAGAGCAACUUGGCGGAAUCAUUGCAGAUCCCGUACCAUUGCAGGUUGCUGAUACAGGGAGAAUUGAUGUUGCAUCAUCACAGUUUGGUAAUAGACAGAAAAUGACUGAACCCACUUCAGCUGAACCUUCUUUUAGUUCUGAAAAAGCUGAGCAAGAUUUGUCUCCGGUCAACCGUAGAGAAACGGGAGCUUCUUCUCGUGCACAAAAAACUAGUUCUCUGCAUGAAAAUGCUGAACAUUUGAUGCACGGCAGAGAUAAAAUGUCUGCUAGUGAGAGGUCAAGGAAUUCGAUCGAUCUUAAAAAGCCCAAAACUGAUCCAGGAUCCCCCACACCGGCAACUGAGGAGCUUAGAGCAGAAACUCCUCCACCAGAGCAGCCAACUGCUUUAGUGNGAAAUCGCCUGCCACUCUUCUACCAAGUUCUGCAACUUCGGGGGCCUUAG